AUUAACCUUUCGUUUAUGCAGGGCUUCUAAAAAUAUUAGACUAUUCAACGGACUGCAUUAUGUAAAUCUAUAUUCUGUUAAUCGUUGGCCAUUAGAGUUCUUUGAUCAGCCGAUUAUGUGGGCUGGCUUCAGCAUCAAGGCUAAAGGCAGAAUUAAAUCCGCUUUGUCAUCAGGGGAAGGUGGCCUUCUCUCCAAUUCUAGUGGCAGUAAUAUUGCAAGUAACAAUAUCAUCAGCGAUUUGUCUGGGGGAGUCGAGGUACAACCCGAUUUGGUAGCUUUUGGAGCCCUUGCAGCGGAUAUGACUCCUACUACUAGUGGCUUCCCCAUAGAAAAUGACGAAUUUGAUUUGGACCUGCCGUCAGAAGGUUUCUCGUCUAUUCCAGAGGCCAUUGAAGAUAUUCGCAAAGGAAAAAUGGUUGUGGUAGUAGAUGAUGAGGAUAGAGAAAAUGAAGGGGAUCUGAUAAUGGCUGCAUCAAAAGUUACUCCGGAGGCUAUGGCUUUCAUUGUGAAACACGGGACUGGAAUUGUUUGUGCAAGUAUGAAAGAGGAAGACUUGGAGAGGUUGCAGCUUCCCUUGAUGGUCACUCAAAAGGAGAAUGAGGAAAAACUUUCUACUGCAUUCACCAUUUCGGUGGUAAGUUAUAAUUUUCCUGUCAGAUGAACUAUCAAAACUUGUUAUUAUUAUUAU